UCUUAAAAUUUUGUACACAAAUUAGCAAAACUUAGUUUUGUUUUCUUGGAAAAAAACCAAAAAAACAUCUUACAUAACAAAAUAAGGGUGCAAACGUAUAAGAAAAUAAAAUAAUGGGAUCAAAGUGGAAUAAAAGAAUAUUUGGGCGUCGGUGACGUGAAGCGUCGCUGCUGGAGAAAAAUCUCACAUGCGUAUUAUCUCAGUCUCAGCUAUAUUUAGAACAGCAACACAUGUCCGAACACAUUACAGUUCCUAUAUCUGUUUCGAAUUCAAAUCUGCUGUCCUUUUUUUCCUUUAUUAAAAAUUUCUCUUAUUAAUUUAAUUCGUUCUCUCCGAUUAAUACAUAAUUUUAUCUUAUAUAUUUCGAUCUCUCCUGGAAAAAGAAAAAAGUUAGAAACUUCGACGAAUGUGUGUAUAAAUUUUUUUUUUUCUUCUUCUUUGUCUUGAAUUAGUUUUAUUUCUUUGGAAUCGGUCUGAAAUUGGACAAAAUAAUCCGCCAUUUUCUCCUCGGUCUCUCUGCUCUUCUCUUCAGUAUCGGAUCUGAGUCUCCUUCGCUUUCGUUUCAAGGUAACACAAAAAAGUUCAAAUUCUUUUCUCUUUUAUUCACACCAAUUUCGUUCACUUUUUUUUUUUUUUAAUCCUCAGUUUUUCUAAAUCGUCUACAGUUUCUAAUCUGUGUGACUGUUCUAAAUCAAUCUUCAUUCAUCAUUUGAAUUCUGAUCACUCAUCAGUAUUUUCGAUAUUAAUUUCUGCGUUUUCGAAUUCGAUUCGAUAAGAAUAUUUAUUUCAUUUUUAUUAAAAAAAAUAAUUAUAGUAUAUGUUUUUCCCCUAAGUCACGGCAUUGGAAAAAAGGAAAAACACAGCUGUUCCUUGCUUCAUGCCCGAGAUUAAGCAAAAAUAAAUAUAUUUUUUUUCCUUUCGAAUCAAUGCACUAUAUAAAAUUACCUACUUUUGACAGUAUCUGAAUUAAACAUCAACCAAACUUCAAACUCUCCUCUUUAAUCCUCUUCUUUUUGUAUUCCCAACCACGUGAUUUUUGAUUCGAUUAUUUCUAGAGACGAGGAGGCGUUAGCUGUAAUUCAUUGUUUACUUGCUUUGGCUAUUAAAGCCGUCACAAAAAAAGAAAGUAAAAGCAACUCACACACUCACAUAUAUAGACACACAUCUUUAUUACGUAUAUGUGUGUCUUCUUUCGUCUCUAUUGGGAAUAGAUCUUGAUCUUGAUUCAUGUCCUAAGAGAUCACUUCGAGUCUGAUCUAAAGUGAGAAACUUUGGUUCUUUUUUGGUUCUUUGGAAUCUUGUCUAAUCUGGUGAGAUAGAAUGGGAAUGAGUCUCGAUUUCGAUGUUGAUCUUGAGAAAGGAAUCAUAGAUUGCGACAAUGUUUAUACUAAAUCACCGGAGAAGCCGAUGUCUCCUGAUAACAAACCGGUUAUUACCGGAGAAGAAAGUGUUGGUUCGUUAGAGAAUGAUGCAACUCCGGUUCAAUGUGGAAUCAAUAAACCGGGAUGGGGGAGAAGCGAUCGGAAGGAGAAACGGAAGAAAUCUGCGUCGAAGCCUCCACGACCGCCGCGUGGACCGUCGCUAGAUGCGGCGGAUCAGAAACUUAUUAGAGAGAUCGCUGAAUUGGCGAUGUUGAAACGCGCGAGAGUCGAACGUAUGAGAGCUUUGAAGAAAUCAAGAGCUGCUAAAGCUGCGUCUGCGGCUUCUUCUUUAGGCAAUGUCUUGGCCACUCUUUUCACCGCUAUUUUCUUCUUUGUUCUUGUUUUUCAAGGAUUGUCACCGAGAGCAGCUGGUAGCUCCGGUAAAUCUCACGUAGUAGUCGCCGGCAAAGCCAAUGGUGGUUUUGUUCCGGUUCAAUAUGCGGGAAAUCCGUCUGCGAGCGAACCGGAUGGAGGUUAUACCGGACCGGUUUUAGCACAGAGACCAAAUUUACUAAAACCGGUGUCCGGUUUGGAGAAUGAAAAGAAGAGUUCACAGUGAAGCGUAAACCAACGGGGUUAAGACUUGGACAAUUCCAUACUGGUUUGAUCAAACCAUUUAUCGGUUUAGAUUGUCGGUGAGCCAUGUAUUCAUUCAUACCGAUAAAUUUUUUGGGAAAGCAAAAUCGGCUGCUUUCUCUGCGGCUGCUGUAAAACCAUAAUUAUCCGAUGUGGGUAAGAAAGUAGUUUUGUGUUAAUUUUUCUUGAAUAAACUGAGAUAAGUUACAAAAUAAGAAAAUCAGUGUUAUGUUAUUCAAGUCAUCAAGGUAA